AUGGAUAAAUCCCAGCAACCCAGCUCCUUUCAGCAGCUGGAAAAGCUCGGUGAAGGCACCUAUGCCACAGUUUUCAAAGGGCGCAAUCGCCAGACUGGCGAGAUGGUUGCGCUGAAAGAAAUUCACCUUGACUCUGAAGAGGGCACACCGUCCACCGCCAUUCGUGAAAUCUCGCUGAUGAAGGAGCUGAAACAUGAGAGCAUCGUAUCGCUCUACGAUGUCAUCCACACGGAAAACAAACUCAUGCUGGUUUUCGAGUUCAUGGACAGGGAUCUUAAAAGAUAUAUGGACACCCGGGGCGACCGGGGACAGCUGGACCCUGCCACGAUCAAGUCGUUCAUGCAUCAGCUAUUAAAGGGCAUCGAUUUCUGUCAUGAGAACCGCGUCCUCCACCGAGACUUGAAACCACAGAAUCUAUUGAUUAAUAAGAAGGGUCAGUUGAAGCUGGGUGAUUUUGGAUUGGCGCGGGCAUUCGGCAUCCCGGUCAAUACCUUCUCAAAUGAAGUCGUCACUUUGUGGUAUCGGGCCCCAGAUGUCCUCCUCGGCAGUCGCACCUAUAACACUAGUAUCGAUAUCUGGUCAGCUGGUUGCAUCAUGGCGGAGAUGUAUACAGGCCGCCCACUCUUCCCAGGCACGACCAAUGAGGAUCAGUUGAUGAAGAUUUUCCGAUUGAUGGGAACUCCAUCUGAACGGUCAUGGCCCGGAAUCUCUCAGCUGCCAGAGUAUAAACCUACCUUCCACAAUUACGCCACCCAAAACCUGGGCCAGAUUCUCCCCCAGAUUGAUCAACUCGGACUGGACCUCCUGGAUCGCAUGCUUCAAUUACGCCCAGAGAUGCGCAUUAGUGCCAGUGAUGCCCUGGCGCACCCAUGGUUCCACGAUCUCCCCCAAGUUCAAGCCCAGCUGCAAAUGCAACAACAGCAGCAACAACAACAGAUGGCUGGAUAUGGGGGCAUGGUCCCGCCUCAACCUGCCUAUUAG